AUGGCCACAGGCGAACCGCUGCGACAUCGGCGUGAAAAGGCGCAUUUGAUGAAGCGCAUGAGCCGCAAGCACGGGACCUGGAACACGGCGCAUCCGCGCUAUAGACUGCUGGAGGCUCUGUACGGGUUCGCGAAGUAUCGGGAGCGUAAUAUGGCGGAGCUAGAUAGGUGGCGCGCGAGGUAUGGGAAGAUGCUGGAGAAAGCAGUGGACUACAAGAGGAAAUUGCGUAAUAUAGAGCAGCAGAUUUACGAAAAUGAAGUCCUUUGCAAUGCUAUCGUGGACUACGCCACGACGUUCUACGGCAUCGAGCAGAAAGAGUUGGCCGCGCACAUCAAAGACGCAGAGAAAGCAGGGAGAGUGGCAGACCGCAUCGGCCCCAGCCAAACCCUCAAGCACUUCGUCCGCGACUGGGCCGACGACGGCUCCAAAGAGCGCGACGACGCAUUUCCCUGCAUCCUCACCACGCUGUCCGCCCUCGCACCCCCCGCCGCCUCGCCACGCCUCAGAAUCCUGCUCCCCGGGUCCGGCCUCGGCCGCCUCGGCACCGAAAUAGCGAAUCUAGGACGCUUCCAAGUCACGCUGAACGAGUACAGCAUGGCCAUGAACAUCGCGUACCGCUUCCUGACCUCCACGCCCGCACAGCACUUCGCAUUCCACCCCUUCGUCGACGCACUCUCGCACCACAGCACAACAGCAAAUCUACUACGCCGUGUGGAUGCGCCAAACGCGCCUCCAAACCCAGACGUGCUGCUCGUCGAGGGCGAUUUCAACACCGCCUUCAACGACCAACAAGCCGCCUUCGACGUGGUCGUGACGCAUUUCUUCAUCGACACGGCCCGCAACCUCGUCGCUUACUUCGAUACUAUUCACCGCCUGCUCGCGCCGGGUGGCCGCUGGGUUAAUCUUGGCCCGCUGCUGUAUGGGACUGCGCCGCUUGUGCAGCUCAGUCUCGACGAGAUCGUUGCUGUGGUGGAAGCCAUGGGGUUUGAGUUCGAGGACGUGGGGGGGCAGUGCGGGGCGCUGAGUUUUGAGGGCGAGGAGGGGGGGAGGGGGAAGGUAAGGUGGAUGGAGGCAGAGUAUGGGUUCGAUCCGAGGGCGCUGGUGAGGAAUGCGUACAAGGCGCAGGUGUGGGUUGUGAGGAAAGUGUAA